CACCACGUAAUUUGAAACUCCCAUCUUUGAGAAGCCUACUCUUGUCGGUUGCAGAAGCAAAACGGACCAACAAUAACGUUUGAAGAAUGACAGACGCUGUCAAAUUAGCGAUCGAUGACUACUACUCGAGGGAAGGAAUGACACCUCAUCAAGUGGCCAGUCUCUUCUCCAGUGUUGCUGGUGUCUAUGAUGAGACGUGGAAGGCAAGGAAAUACACAGAUCCCGAGUUUCUGUCGACGUCCGUGGCUGAUUACUUUGGGGAGGAGAAGGCAUCGUCUUUGAGGGUGCUGGACAUCGGCUCCGGGACGGGAAUGGUGGCUGAGGAACUGCGGAAGAGGGGUAUCCAUAACAUAGAUGGUCUCGAUCCGUCCAAAGGUAUGCGAGACGAGGCCAUGAAGAAGAACGUCUACCGGAAUUACUACCUAGAGUUUAUGGACGGGCACUACAUAGAGGACAUAGGCACAGAUGCCUAUGAUUGCGUGGUAGCAGCUGGUACUUUCAACAGUGGCCUUCUACCAUGUGCAGCCCUACCGGAGAUGAUCCGUGCAGUGAAACCAGGUGGGUUGAUGUGUUUUGGGAUCUUUGACUCGGUGUUCUCGUCAGUACCUGAGUACAAACACCGCUUGGGGCCGCUCAUGUCUCGGCUGGAGGAGCAGGGGGCGUGGAAGCUGCAUGACAAGGUACAGCGGAAGGAUUCUGACAUGACUGGCAACCCGGAAACAGUCUACAGAUAUGUCAUUCAGGCAUCGGAGGUACACGCGGCGUCUGUUUUUGCCAGCCUGCCUGUCGUCGAUCCGUAAAUAAUCAAGUCUGAACCAGACAAGCUAGUGAUUAAUAUUAUGAGCAACGCCUUACCUUGUUCGGUGACACACUGCCAGCUAAAUCACCGAGUCACACAGCUUUGAAAGACGAGUGUACUAUAUCGGGUCUCGUUCUAAAUAGAACUCCCUUCCUUCUCUGGUAAACAUGCCUAUCUUGUACAAGGUAACUGACAGACAGACAGAAAACCUGUCCAUGUAUAUAUUUUCCACGCAUUUGUACAUAGAAAGCGUAUUGUUCUUUGAACGUGUAUGAAGCAAUGUAUAUGGUGUCCUAUAGGCCUGAGGCCUUUGAGUACCAGAAUAAAGAUUGAUCAUCCCAAACAGACAGACAGACAAACCAUGAAGGCAUCGGCUACCAUUAACUAAUGGCAUCUCAGGAUUAAUGAUUAAUGCUAACAAGCACAUUAUUAACACAAACAAAUUCCCAGUCUUUUAUCCGGAAUAUUAUAUUUAUGAGAUAAACAUACUGUGUUAGAAAACCAGAGGUAUAUAACGAAAUUAUAAUAGCUCUAAAUUUGAUAGAAAACCUAACGCGUAGUGAGUAUAAACCUCUGACUGACUCUAAGCAAUCAAUCACGGUUCAGUAUUUACUGGAGUCAUGGUAAUGUUUUUACUUUCUUUGAGUCUUUUGAAUUGACCUUUUGUUUUCUAAUUACACAUUAAUUGUUGUUAUUGUAUCUAGUAUCGUUAUUCUUUGUAUCAUUAUUAUUUCUAGUUAUUGUAUGUAGUGUCGUUAUUCUCUCUAGUGUUAUUAUUCUACCUAGUGUUGUUAUUCUAUCGAGUAUCGUUAUUCUAUCUAGUGUCAUUAGUAUUGCUUGUUAUUGUAUCUGGUGCCGUAAACGUACUCUAUCUAGUGUUAUUAUUAAUUCUAGCAUGACAAGGUGUGAUACUCGAUUCUGAUUGGCUGAGAAGCUCAUCAAAACCGUACUUAAAAUGACAGUUUAAGG